AUGUAUCUGUCGUUAAAUCUGUUGAAUAGUUCUAACAAAACACAAUCGUUACAAAAGUCAAUUGGGUUCCCACGAAACGGUGGGGCCCUUCGUGACCAGGAGAAUCAAAAAGAAGAUGGGAAAAGGCUGGUUGGCAUGUGUCUCGGUCUCGUGUUUAUCAUCAGGAAAAGACAAAAAACAACAAAAACCAGAGAAAGAGAAGAAGAAAUGGUCUGGGAAACAAAAGAGUAGAGAAUCCAUUGAAUUCUCUGAGGAGAGGACUUCUCCUAUUGACCCUUCAUCUUCAUCUAUAACUCGGCCGUCUCCUCAUCCUCCUCCCUUGCCGGAUGUCGCUCCUCAGCCAUUGUUGCCACCACCAUCCCCUCCUCCUCCUCCUCCUCUUCUCCAUCCUCUUCCGGCAUCUGCCAGCAGUGAAGGAUAUGGUGGUUCCAAAGAAGCAAAGACUAGACAAGCUCUGGCCCUCGCAUCGGCUGUUGCAGCCGAAGCAGCUGUGGUGGCUGCGCAUGCUGCGGCGGAGGUUGUACGUCUCACGAACACGACAUCCACAAAUCAAGUUAGGGAAUCAAAGGAGGAAGCUGCCGCAAUCAAGAUCCAAAAUGCGUAUAGAUGUUACAAGGCAAGUCGAACUCUACGCAUGCUGCGAGGAAUGGCCAGACUCAAGACACUUCUGCAAGGAAAAUACGUCAAAAGACAGAUGAACGCGAUGCUUAGCUCAAUGCAGACACUUACACGUUUACAGGCACAGAUUCAAGAGAGGAGGAAUCGGUUGUCUGAAGAGAACAAAGCUCGUCAGAGGCUGAUUCAGCAGAAGGGUCACCAAAAAGAACAACACAAGAAUCAGAGUUUGAUUAUCGCUGGAGAUUUUGAUUCCACCAAUAGAUCAAAGGAACAAAUCAAAGCAAAGUUUGUGAAUCGAAAAGAAGCUUCUGUAAGACGUGAAAGGGCCUUGGCGUAUGCUUAUAGUCAUCAGCAAACGUGGAGAAGUUCUUCAAAACUUCCACACCAGACGCUGAUGGACGCAAACACUCCACAUUGGGGUUGGAGUUGGAUUGAGCGGUGGAUGGCUUCUCGUCCGUGGGAUCCUCAAUCCAACGACGGUCAGGCCUCCCUCAAAAACUCUCUCAAGCCCGAAACCUCCAUCAAGACUUCUCCAGCCAGAUCUAAACCUAGCCAAAAAGCUAUCCAGUGGCCGACAAACAACGAUUCCAAGGGCUUGAAGAGCGAAGGGACUAACCACAUGCACAGGCACAGCAUCGGUGGUGGGUCAUCUACAAAUGUCAAAGAUGGUGAGAGCGUUGGUAGCUCUUCGUCACGCAGAAGUUCCUUUGGUAGUGCGGAAGCUGGGAACUCCAAGGCUAGUGGAGAAACAACAAGGAACUUGAGUAACCCACAACCGUUGAAGAAAUCCAAGGCUAGUGUAGAAACAACAAAAAACAUGGUUAAUGCGCAAGCUACGAAAUCAAAAGCUAGCGCGGGAACAACACUUAACUUGGCUAGCACGCAAGCUUUGAAAUCCAAGGUUAAUGUCGGAUCAGCGAGCAACUUGGACUUGCAAAAGAAGAAGGUUGUGUCUGAUAAAAAUAAACCUCCGCAAAUGGUAUUGCCUAAGAAGAGGCUUUCGUCUUCUACUUCUCUUGGGUCAGGGACGAAGGUGUCCGGUUCAGACAAAGCAACAACAAGCGCUGCAAAUGGAGACAAAAAGAGAAGAAACGGUGGUAGCCGUUAACGUAAUAAAGAUUGUUUUCUUUCCAAGGCAAAAUACAAACGAGAGUGUGAAAGGGUUCUGUAUUUUCGGUUGUUUUCUUUGAGUGAGAGUAUAAAUUACUACUGCUCGUUUGGUUUUCAACUUUUCAUCUGUUUAAUUAUUUUCUUUAUUUUUUUUAGUAUAAAUCAUCUAUUUCCCAUCGAUUUUUGUUUAGUUAUAUUAUGAACGCAUUUAAUUAAAAACGUUAUAAUUUGAUUGGUUAUAAAAUGUGACAUAAUAUAAUUGAUGUAUAUUGAUGAGCCAAACAUUAUUCAGUUCUACACAAGAUUUAAAAUUUGCUGACAUGGAUAGUGCAAAAUCAACUUAACUAAACUAUUUUUAAUUACCACAAUGUUUUUAUUGGUUCGUAUUAAAUCAUACGGUUAUCCUAAUCGAAAACUUGCUUGGUUAUUAAAAUGCCAACCAUUUGGUUUGAUAUAAUACUAUAAAAUUUGACGUAUGUUUUUAACAUAUAUUGUAUGUAUUAUUUUGUUUAGUGUUUAAGUUACAUGUAAUGUUUAUGAGGCAUAUAUGGUUUGGAUACACAAUUUUGUUCGAUCUAAAUAAGUUGAUUUUCCAAUUCUAUAUUAUGAAUUCGAAAGCAUCCAUUACCAAUCUUAUACUAUUAUUCACUAUCAUAAUAUUUAUUUAGGAAUAUCUCAGUUUAGAAUUUAGAGUUUAGGUUUAAAAACGUGUUGGGUCGGUUUGACUAAACCAUUCUUAUUUACGAAAUCACUCAGAUUUAAAACAGUCGGUUUGCCUAAACUGAACUCGCUAAACUAUUAUGAAAUUUAAUUAUGUAUAAUUCAAAAAUAUACGUCUAAACAUUUACGAUUAUGUGUU